CGCAUUAACGCGGACGGCUUUAUUUAUUUAUUGACCUGUUUUUCUCUGGUUGUUGGGAUAAUAUACCGACGAAUCUCUGUAAUUGGUGUACCAAAGAAAAAGAACAAGCAAUUGCACCUCUUUAUACUCAGUAUCAUAGAGCUUCCUUCUCAAUUCUCAUCGGUCCUGUAAGUUAUGGAAAUUUGCAGGAUUUUGAUGCUUUGAAUUUCUGGAAGUGUUUUAUGCGUGUGCCUACCACGUUCUAAUACCAUUUGCAUUCUAUGGAUCCUAGGAGUUUCGCUGAUGAAAGGAGUGAGAGCAGACUAUAUGUCGGAAACCUUGAUCUAAGAAUAACUGAAGCUGCUCUGAUUAAGAUGUUUUCUCCAUAUGGAAAGAUUAUAUCUGAAGAUUUCUUAUGGCACACUCGUGGCCCCAAACGCGGAGAACCACGAGGGUUUGCCUUUAUCCAAUACAGCACAAAAGAGGAAGCUAAAUUGGCCAAGGAGAAGAUGCAUGGGAGAUUAGCUUGUGGUCGACCAUUAAUGGUUCAUCUAGCUAGUGAGAAAUACUUGGAGGAAGCAGCAGCACAGAAUUCUUCCAAAGCCGGAUGCAAUACAAUUAAAAGCGGCACCACUAGUACCAUCUCGGGACAAGUGAGUCGCAGUGCCAAAAUAGCUGCGAUUAAGAACAAAUUGAAAGCCUUGGAUGAAGAGAGGGAUGGCGCGAAGAAGCCUAAAGCCAGCUAACAAAGCAAGUUUUUAAGAUCCAGAAGACAUUACUGAUGCCUUUUUAAGAUUUUAUUUGGAUUUAUGAUCCUGUCUGAAUCAAACCAAAUGCGGAUUUCACUACUAAAGACUGCGAGGGAAACAAAAAUCCGAAUUGUCCCGAACACGAUAUCUAGAUGUUUAUUGAUAUGAUAAGAAUUUAAUGAUCAGUGUUAACGGGACCGACUUGGAUUGAUCCAGUCCGACUGUGACCUUUAAGCUCUUUAUUUCGGAUUUAAUCUUUACCAAAAAGGCAAAAA